UUUUUCUUUUUUUCGGAGCUGGGGACCGAACCCAGGGCCUUGCGCUUGCUAGGCAAAGCGCUCUACCACUGAGCUAAAUCCCCAACCCCCUUACUAUGUACCUUACAGACCUGUCUGCCUCUGCCUCCUGAGUGCUGGAACUAAAGCUAUGAGCCACCAGGCCUCACAAUUUCUUUUAAAUAUUGUGUAUAAGUGUGUGCAUUGAGUGUGAGUCUGUGUGUGUGUAUGAAUGUGUGUGUGCAUUGAGUGUGAGUCCGUGUGUGUGUGUUUGUGUAUGUAUGAACGUGUGUGUAUGUAUGAAUAUGUGUGUGUGCAUUGAGUGUGAGUCCGUGUGUGUGUUGAGUGUGGUGUGUGUGUUUGUGUGCAUUGAGUGUGAGUCUGUGUGUGUGUAUGCAUGCGUGUGUGUAUGAGUGUGCUGUGUGUGUAUGAGUGUGUGUGCAUUGAGUGUGUGUGUGAAUGUAUGUGUGUGCAUUGAGUGUUAGUUCGUGUGUGUAUGUAUAUGAGUGUGUGUGCAUUGAGUGUGAGCCCGUGUGUAUGUGUGUGCAUUGAGUGUGAGUCUGUGUUGUGUGUUGAGUGUGUUUGUGCAUUGAGUGUGAGUCCAUAUGUAUGUGUGUAUGAGUGUGUGUGUGCAUUGAGUGUGUGUUGUGUGUGUUUGUGUGCAGCUUCCAAAAGCGGGCACCGAAUCUCUAGAGUUACAAGAGGUUGUAAGCAACACAAUACGGGUGCUGGGAACUGAAUUUAACAAGAGUGUUCUGUGAUCUUUGUUUCAACAGAGGAUUUCUCUGUGUAGCCUUGGCUGUCCUGCUUUGUAGAGCAGGCUCGCCUCGAACACAGAGAUCUGACUGCCUCUGCCUCCUGAGUGCUGGGAUUAACACCUGGUGCUGGGAUAACCACUGAGCCACCUCUACAGUUUGUUUGUAAAGUCAUUUUAGUUCUUUGUUUUAUUGAACCGACUAACUGAGCACGAUCUCGAAUUUCUGACCCUCUUUCCUCUACCUCCCAAGUGUUGGGACUGUAGGUGUUUUCCCCUUAUCCAGCUUAAGAUUCAUAUUUAUAUGAAAAAGUUACUAUAAAAUUUCACCAUGUAGGAGCUCGGUAGGAAAGCAGUUUUUUCGUGUGGUCCAGACUCUGCAUUUGAUUCCCAGUGCAGCACAGGCAGAAGUUUCAAUAUAAAGGGGGAAUUUCAAUAAAUAAGAACAUUUAAUGCUACAAAUGACUUAGAAUGCCACUCUAUGCAUCGAUGAAGAUAUACUAUAAGACUCAGAAGGGAAAGUGGAAGUAUAGCUCAGUGGAGGGUGCUUACCUAUUACCUAUAUGCAAAAGCUUAUCUCCAAUACUGAAGAAAAGAAUCAGGACAUUGGGGGUGGAGAGAUGGCUCAGCAGUUAAGAGCACUGACUGCUCUUCCAGAGGUUCUGAGUUCACAGCAACCACAUGGUGGCUCACAACCAUCUAUAAUGGGAUCUGAUGCCCUCUUCUGGUGUGUCUGAGGACAGCUACAGUGUAUUCAUAUAUAAUAAAUAAAAAAUUAAAAAAAUCUACGUUGUUGUUAUUUAAGUUACAAAUACUAUACUGUUUGUCAAACAUUCCACCAGUCUUUUAUAAUGAAAGUGUGAGUGUGUGUGUGGGUGGGGGGUGUCUUUUGUCUGGUUUGGGAUCUCAUGUUAGGUUAGGUUUAUCCCCCACUCAGUGGGAAGAACUCCAGCCUGUCUUUCAUGACCUUUAAGUAAAAAACGUUGACUCUGCAUUCUAAAUGUUUUUACUCACUGGUUUAGGUAAGGGGACCCCAUGUAUUACUUUAGGGAGACAGAAACAUUUCCUCUCUCUCUCCCCCUCCCCCCAAUUCCUUGAAACGAAAAUUUAGGAAUUAUCUAUUUCAAAACUUUCCUUUGAUAUUAUUCUAGUGUCACCCUUUAAAGUUUUUAAAUUUACAGCAUACAUUACCUUGCAGGGUUUUGUUGGGGUUUUGUGUGUGUGUGUGUGUGUGUGUGUGUGUGUAUUUGUUUGUUUUGUUUUGUUUGUUUGUUUUGUUAUCAGUCUCUCUGCCUAGAAUAUAAACUGGAGGGACUUUAUCGAUGUAUUCUGAGUCAAGCACAGUGCCUGGCAUCUGGGAGACAUCAGAUAUUUGUUGAAUGAAUGAAAUCCCUCUGGGUCUUGUCUUUUAGGCUGGUUUAGAGGCACACACACACACACACACACACACACACACACACACACACACACAGAGAAAUGAGAGAAGAGGGGGUGCAAAAGGAGGAGGUUCAUUGUCAAUGGGACUUGAUUGUGAACUGGGAUGGUAGUGAGAACUUUCCGAUCGCAGGCAUUUCAUCCGAAGCCCCAAAUCAGUCACAUCACCCUAAGAAGAGGUUCUGGGUCUGUAACUGAGCAAUGUCCGCGGCCUGGCAACUCAAAGCGAGAGUGAAAUCGGUGGUGAAUCAGCCUGGUUUAAGCCUCCCAGGGGCGCACAAGCUGUUCUAGUCCCCCACUCCAUUCUUCACCUUUUCAGAUCCCUUGGGAUCCCGAGGAGGCUGUCACCUCAUCCACCCACAUCCUAUUCUACCCAUUCCAAGGUUGCUCAUUUCUGCACUCGGCAAAUCUUUCAUGAAACCGAGACAAGUUAUUUAGGGAGAAAUUAGAGUCGUUCAUCGGCAGAGGUUUGGUCUUGGGUGGGAGAGGGAGCCCUCUGACAACCAGGGGCUGUGGGGGGGGGGCGGGGAGGGCUUGGCGAGACUGUGGGGCAAAGCUCGGUGCUGAAGCUCUACUCCUUCGUUCCCUCAUCUCCUGGCGCCCAAGGCAGUGAGUGGGAAGCACAGGAAAAGGGAGGAUUUGGUGGUUACGGGUGCAUCCUCCCGGAUUCAUCCCACAAGCACCAGGAGGUGAGCAUCGGCUCGGGUACCUGGCCUAUAGACAUCUGCAGAGGGCGCAGCACUAUCGCGAGACUUCCGGAGGCAGCUGCAUGGCGCCUGAGGACGCAGUUACCAUGGCAACCGGGCGGCGCCUGAGCACGCGGGAAGGAGGCUUAAGUAGAGAGGUCUGGCCUGCUUGCUCUGGGAGACUUGAUGAGUGACCCUCCUCAGACUUCUACGGCCUCCGCUUUGGGCCCCCGAGGCCAUGGGUCGGAUCUCCGGGCUCGUGCCCUCUCGAUUCCUGACGCUCUUGGCUCAUCUGGUGAUUGUCAUCACUUUGUUCUGGUCCCGGGAAAGCAACAUCCAGGCUUGCCUGCCUCUCAAGUUCACCCCGGAGGAAUAUGAGAAGCAGGACAACCAGUCCAUCACCCUUUCUCUCUGCAGACUGGUAGCAGCGCUCUGCCUCACCCUGGGCCUCUUUGCAGUGGAGCUGGCUGGCUUCCUCUCAGGAGUCUCCAUGUUUAAUAGCACCCAGAGCCUCCUCUCCAUUGCAGCCCACUGUAGCGCGUCUGUGGCCCUAUCUUUCUUCAUAUUCGAGCGAUGGGAAUGUACCACGUACUGGUACAUUUUUGCCUUCUGCAGGUUAUUUUGGAAUGGAGGGUGGUGGAAAGUCUACCCCAAAUCUGAAGGUUUCCCCCACCUAGACCUUUCCUGCACAUGUGAAAUUGGUAGAGUUUUAAAGAGUCGUACCCAUCCGCUAACCCACUCACAUAUAAGGCUUGGAGGUUUGAGUGUUUGGGUCGGAAGGGGCUCUAAACCCACCCCCUACUUCCACAGCGCUUUUCCAGCUGUCACUGAAACUGCGUUAUUCAUCGCUGUCUUUGGGCUGAAAAAGAAACCCUUCUGAUCACAAUCCGAUGAAGAGACCAAAGCCGGAAACGUGAUGAACUCCCUCCCAUUGCUGGAAGAAGAAAGGGAGAGGCUUCAGUUUUCUCUCGCCCUAGUCUUUUGCUCCUCCCAACUGCGUCUAAACAGAAAAUGGCAAUGUUGGGAUAAGAUCUCACAAAUCUUGGGUUAUAAUUUUAUUAGAGUUUUGUAAUAAAAUUCAUUUUAUAAUAAGA